UCUUGUUAUACAGGGAUGUCUGAGUUUAACAGCGAGUUUAACAUUGAAGAGGCUGUGGAUGAUGUUGAGGAUGAGGACUAUGAGGAGCAGCCGGAGCAGCCAGAGCAGCCAGAGCCUCAUCAAUGCAGGUCAUCCUUCAAGGAUGGCCUGAAAUGGCUUUUUAGUUCACCCAAAUAUAACAUUGUCAUUGUGUGCCUUGUUGUUCUGGAUGCCUUAUUUGUGGUAACUGAAAUCGUUCUCGACUUGGAACUCUUGGUGGACAAAGUUGACCAUAUUAUACCAAAGAUCUUUCACUACAUGAGUUUGGCCAUCGUGUCCUUGUUCGUGUUGGAAAUUUUGUGUAAAAUAAUUGCUUUCAGCGUUGAAUUUUUCCACCAUAAAUGUGAGGUGUUUGAUGCAGCCAUUGUGGGUGUAUCCUUCAUUAUCGAAGUAAUUUACUCAACACGGGAAGAUUUAUUCCGUGCAAUCGGGCUGCUGAUCUUACUCAGGAUGUGGAGAGUGGUUAGGAUUGUACUUGGCUCCAGUUUGUCAGUGAUCAAAGCAGAAGACAAAAUCCAAAAAUUCAAGGACAAGAAUGAGAUUUUACUGGAAAGAGUAUCUCAACUGGAACAGCAGUGUUCCCAGCAGAUUUUAAAACCUACAGAGAAAAAGAAGCCCAAUGCAAGCCGACCAGUAACGCCACCACGAGGCAUGAUUACGAAACAGGCGAAAAAAUGAGGGUCUCUUGGCCUGCUUGGACUUGUAUUAUAGUAUAUAAUCAUUUUUUUUAUUUUAAAUUGUGUAACUUGUACUGGUCUGUUCCAUCUAGAUGUUGGCGACUUUUUUUU